AUGGACGUGUCAGAACUCUGCAUCCCGGACCCCCUCGGCUACCACAACCAGCUGCUGAGCAGAAUGUCCACCGACGACCGGCACCUGGGCUCCAGCUGCGGCUCCUUCAUCAAGACCGAGCCGUCCAGCCCAUCCUCGGGCAUCGACGCCCUCAGCCACCACAGCCCCAGCGGCUCGUCCGACGCCAGCGGCGGCUUCGGCCUGGCCCUGGGCGCCCACGCCAACGGGCUGGACUCGCCGCCCAUGUUCGCGGGCGCCGGGCUGGGCGGGACCCCCUGUCGCAAGGGCUACGAGGACUGUGCCGGCGGCCUCAUGGAGGACUCGGCCAUCAAGUGCGAGUACAUGCUCAACGCCAUCCCCAAGCGCCUGUGCCUCGUAUGCGGGGACAUCGCCUCCGGCUACCACUACGGCGUGGCCUCCUGCGAGGCUUGCAAGGCCUUCUUCAAGAGGACCAUCCAAGGGAACAUCGAGUACAGCUGCCCAGCCACCAACGAGUGUGAGAUCACAAAACGGAGACGCAAGUCAUGCCAGGCCUGCCGCUUCAUGAAAUGCCUCAAAGUGGGGAUGCUGAAGGAAGGUGUGCGCCUUGACCGAGUGCGUGGAGGCCGCCAGAAAUACAAACGACGGCUGGACUCUGAGAGCAGCCCGUACCUGAGCUUACAGAUUUCUCCACCCGCUAAAAAGCCAUUGACCAAGAUUGUCUCCUACCUGCUGGUGGCCGAGCCGGACAAGCUGUAUGCCAUGCCUCCCCCUGGCAUGCCCGAGGGUGACAUCAAGGCCCUGACCACUCUUUGUGACCUGGCAGACAGGGAGCUUGUGGUCAUCAUUGGCUGGGCCAAGCACAUCCCAGGCUUCUCGAACCUCUCUCUUGGGGAUCAGAUGAGCCUGCUGCAGAGUGCCUGGAUGGAGAUCCUCAUCUUGGGCAUCGUGUACCGCUCGCUGCCCUACGAUGACAAGCUGGUGUAUGCCGAGGACUACAUCAUGGAUGAGGAGCACUCCCGCCUUGCAGGGCUGUUGGAGCUCUACCGGGCCAUCCUGCAGCUGGUGCGCAGGUACAAGAAGCUCAAGGUGGAGAAGGAGGAGUUUGUGACACUCAAGGCCCUGGCUCUGGCCAACUCAGAUUCCAUGUACAUCGAGGAUCUGGAGGCGGUGCAGAAGCUGCAGGAUCUGCUGCACGAGGCGCUUCAGGACUACGAGCUGAGCCAGCGCCACGAGGAGCCCCGGAGGACGGGCAAGCUGCUGCUGACCCUGCCCCUGCUGCGGCAGACGGCGGCCAAGGCGGUGCAGCACUUCUACAGCGUCAAACUGCAGGGCAAGGUGCCCAUGCACAAACUCUUCCUGGAGAUGCUGGAGGCCAAGGUCUGACGGCCGGCACGUGCACCCACUCCCGCCCGCACCGGCGGACGGCCAGAGCGACGCGGAGACCUCCACAGCCACCAGCCUCGCCCUUCAAGCCCUGUAUCAUGGCCGGAGCAGCCCCCGAGUCCCAGCGCCCCGCAGGAAGGAGCGUGCGGAGCCCCGGGGCGGCGGGGCGCGGCGGGGGCGGCGGGGGCUCGGCUGUAACCGGCUUUUUCUUUGGUAUGUUUCUCCUCCCCGUGGGCGCUGCUGAGGCCCGGGCCAGGGCCCACUCCCCUGAGACUGGAGACCAGCGAGGAAGCACCCCCCCGCCCCCCAAACCAGCAAGAGGCCGCAGUGCAGAUCCUAACCCGGCCCCCCCACCCCCCACCCCCGCACUGGGUGGGCGGUGCUCAGCGCCCCGGACCCCCACCCAGUUCCCGCUGGGCGCCACCUGGAAGUUUGCCCUUCCCACGGCGCAGGUGCUUGCUUCCAGAGGCCCCGCCUACUCUGAGGUUCUCUGGGACCCCGCAAGAGGCCCCACACCUUUUGGGGUCCAGAGGGCCCCCCCAGCCCUGCAUCUUUUCAGCUUGGCACACACCCAGCUCCCGUGAGGGACUCAUCAUCAAGACAGCCGCUGCCAGCGCUCGUGCAUCUCUGGGCACCUGCCCUCCGGGUCCUCCCACCGGCCUGUCACCACUGCGCAGGGGCCCACUGCCUUCCCCUCCUGCCUCUCCCAGGAAAUCCCUGCCGCUUGCUGCCCCUACCUCAGAGCUUGCUCAGUGGGUUCGGCCAGCCCAGGAGACCUCAAGGUCCAUAGCUGGGAAGGGGGCUGGCUCAGAGAAGGGCAGGGUGGAGGCACUGUUCCCCAGAGCUCCCCCUUCUGCUUGCUUCUCCCCUUCCCGCUGUCAGCCUUCAGGGCAGGUCUGCAGCAGGUGGGCCAGCGGGAGGUUGGGGAGUGAGGAGGCCCGCCCCCAUCUGAGGGCACCUGGGCACUGGUCUCCAGGGUGGUGGUCCUGGGAGGAUUGGGCCAAGAUGGGGAGAGGCUCGACCCAAUCUUUGCGGAGCACAGAAAGUCCCAGAAGUGAGAUAAGCAGGUGGGGGAUCCCUGAAGACGGGGAGCUCAGGGGAAGGUGCCAGCCUACUGGAGGGGCUGGCUACUGUGGACGGUGGACAGCAGGACACCCCACUCCCAACAUUCCAGAAGGUUGGGCAAAUCAGUGCCAUGAGGGGCGGGGGUUGCUCUGCCACCUUUGGACUAAAGUGUGACAUGGCUCCCUGAGUGCACGGAGAAGGCGCAGCUCUGUGGUGGGACCCCCUGUCUUCCUGGCUGCUGUGGAGGGUGACUGGCCACCCUGGUUUGCCCAGAAUGUUCAUGGUUUUAGCACUGAAAAGCCAUGUCCUGGGAAAUGCCUCAGUCCCACGCAAAUGGGGACAGUCACCUGAUUUCUGUGAAUGACCUUGAAAGUCGGUUAUAACGCACUUAGGGCAGCCCUUAGCAACCCGUCCACUGCACACAGGUUAGCUGAUGGCAGCUCAGGAUCCCCUGAAGAUGAAGGAGGGUUAAGUGUGGUAAAAGCAUCUUCUAAACAGCUGCCUUCUGAAGCAGGGAUCAGGGUAGCCCUACCUGGGACACUUUUCUGGGGAAUCCACACCCAUCUACCCCAACCUCCUAGCAUCUGGAGAAGCAGGUGGAUGAGCCUGGACACCAGGGGGCCAGGUGCUGUCCCCCACAGCCCUGCAGCCUUCCAUGUGAAGCAGCGGAUGCUGGUUUCGCCUUGCUACCUCUCCACCCCAGAUACCACUCCUCUGAACUCCUAUGUUGGGACCUGCUGAGGUCACCCCAGACCCAAGGGUUGGCUGAGACCCAGUGGUUACUGAGUGUCUCUCUGAUGUCCUCACAUACAAAAGGUAAAGGGUUCCAGGAGGCCUCAUAGCCCAGUGAAGUGUGCUCCUGUCCCGUUGGCCUGUGGGGAAUCCGAGGCCAAAGCCACCUGACUGUCUGCAUUGGAAUCAUUGGCCCAGAUGCUUCAUCCCUAGGUCUCUGGGCAGUCCCAAUCGGGGUGGACACACAGGCACCUUAGCAUCAAGGGACCUGAACACAGCCCCCAGUUUGACAGCUGUUAGGAGCCAUGCCCCAAGGUCUGAACUAGAGGGUCCUCACGGUGAUAGAAGUUGGAGUUUGCUCCUUGGGAGCCUUCCCCAGCCUUCUGUUGGGAUGUGUGCUUGAGGAGGUGGGACUGGGGGUGGCAUCUCCUCUGCCAAGUAGCACUUCCCUGCUCAAGCAGGGGGACCCGAGCUGUCGGGGGCCCAUGCACGGCUGGCAUUUGCAGCCCAUCUUUUUUUAGGAGAAGCAUCUCAGUUACUGGUAAAACUGGUUUGGGGUGGGUAGGUGUCCUGUACACAGUGUGUCAGUGGAUCUGGUGCUUUGGCAACUGUCCUGCCAGUAGAGCCUCUAACAGUGGGGGGAGGUGGUGAUCUUGGUGGCUCUGUGCCAGCGAGGUGGAUGCUGCUUAUACACAUAAACCCCAGUGGCCACAGGAAAUGGAUCCGGCACGAUGGGAACUCUGUCCGUGAGGAAGGCCCUGGUGUAUACUCAUGGAGCCAUUGGACAUUCAAAGAAAAAAUUUAGGCCAACUUGUUAGUUGGAGGCGCCAGCUUUGGGGCCUCCCUGGGAAGAGGGGCCCUGACUUGUGGGGGAUGGUGAAGUCAGGAGAGUUUAGGACGCCCCACCCCCCAAACAGGAUGGAACUCAUUUGCCCCCCCAAAUCUGCUGUUCCUGGAAAAUCUGUAAAGAGGAAAUUGCCCUUCUCACUUGUACUCUCAUGAUACAGGUCAUUGAAAUGAACCGAGAAAUAAAAUGUAAAAAUCCAACCAUGGAGAAGGUAGUAUUGGCUGGGUUUUAUUUGGUCCCCAUGUCCCCACCCUUUCUAAAGCUUCUAGACUGGUUUUGUCACAUGUGAGGUUGUGGCCCCCAGGUUCUUUUUGCAUACAGGAAACUUCGAUUAUUUCCCAGGCCACAAAUGAAGAACCGAGUAGGAAAAUCUCAAGACCGGAGCGGGGCAUUGGUGGAGAGGCCAGGCAGGGCUUUAGAGGAGCCAGAAUCGGCACCCAGCUCCGUGGCAGGGGCCACCCUUCCCUCCUGCAGACCCUCCCCAACCUUUGUGCAGGUGGGAGAAGUUGGGGUGGCAGGAAGGAGCAGGGGAGCGGUGACAAACGUGACAAGAAGACAGAGGGGCCCGUGCCCAUGGAACAGCA